CACUGAACACUCACGUUAUAUCAUUCAGUCUCCUCCACCGCCAGGCGACGGCUGAUUUUAGUCCUUAUCCUGCCUGAACAACACAAUUCCGAAAAAUGCUACGCUUGCCCAGUGUAAUGAGACAGAUGCGGCCAGUGUGCAGGGCUUUGGCCCCACACCUCACCCGUGCCUAUGCCAAGGAUGUGAAGUUUGGAGCUGACGCACGUGCCCUCAUGCUCCAGGGUGUGGAUUUGCUGGCUGACGCUGUAGCUGUAACCAUGGGACCCAAGGGUCGUACGGUCAUCAUCGAACAGAGCUGGGGUAGUCCCAAGGUGACCAAGGAUGGCGUUACAGUCGCCAAGAGCAUCGACCUAAAGGACAAAUAUAAGAACAUUGGGGCCAAACUGGUACAAGAUGUAGCCAAUAACACAAAUGAGGAAGCUGGAGAUGGCACCACCACUGCCACUGUCCUGGCACGUGCCAUUGCCAAAGAAGGCUUUGACACCAUCAGCAAAGGUGCCAACCCCGUAGAAAUCCGCAGAGGAGUCAUGUUGGCUGUUGAGACGGUCAUCAACGAGCUGAAGAAACUGUCCAAGCCAGUCACCACACCAGAGGAAAUCGCUCAGGUGGCCACCAUCUCUGCCAAUGGAGACAUUGAGAUUGGAAACAUCAUCUCAAACGCCAUGAAGAAAGUGGGGCGUAAAGGAGUCAUCACUGUUAAGGAUGGCAAAACACUGCAUGAUGAGCUGGAGAUCAUCGAGGGGCUGAAAUUUGACCGUGGCUACAUCUCCCCGUACUUCAUCAACACUGCCAAAGGUCAGAAGUGUGAGUUCCAGGAUGCCUACCUGCUCCUGAGCGAGAAGAAGAUCUCCAGCGUUCAGAGCAUCGUGCCUGCCCUGGAGAUUGCCAACCAGCACCGAAAGCCAUUGGUUAUCGUGGCUGAAGAUGUGGACGGAGAGGCUCUGAGCACUCUUGUUCUAAACAGGCUUAAGGUGGGGCUACAGGUGGUGGCAGUGAAGGCACCAGGCUUUGGAGACAACAGGAAGAACCAGCUCCAAGACAUGGCCAUCGCCACUGGUGGCACCGUGUUUGGUGAUGAGGCCAUGGGUCUUGCUGUGGAGGACAUCCAGGCACAUGACUUUGGUAAGUUGGGCGAGGUCAUUGUUACCAAGGAUGACACCAUGCUGCUGAAGGGGCGCGGAGACCCCGCCGCCAUCGAGAAACGUGUGGCUGAGAUCGCAGAACAGCUGGAGAGCACCACCAGCGACUACGAGAAGGAGAAACUAAACGAGCGACUGGCCAAGCUGUCCGACGGUGUGGCCGUGCUGAAGGUGGGAGGGACGAGUGACGUGGAGGUCAAUGAGAAGAAAGACAGAGUAACGGACGCCCUGAACGCCACACGGGCUGCUGUGGAGGAGGGCAUUGUGCCAGGAGGUGGCUGUGCACUUCUGAGAUGUAUUCCCGCCUUGGAAUCCAUUAAACCUGCCAACUCCGACCAGAAAAUUGGUGUCGACAUCAUUCGCCGAGCUUUGCGUAUUCCAGCGAUGACGAUUGCGAAGAAUGCCGGAGUGGAGGGUUCUCUGGUGGUGGAGAAGAUCUUGCAGGGCAGUCAGGACAUCGGCUACGACGCCAUGCAGGGAGAGUAUGUCAACAUGGUGGAGAAGGGCAUUAUUGACCCCACCAAGGUGGUGAGAACUGCACUGCUGGAUGCUGCUGGCGUUGCAUCCUUGUUGUCGACUGCAGAGGCCGUCGUCACGGAGAUUCCCAAGGAGGAGAAGGAUAUGGCAGGAGGCAUGGGUGGCAUGGGAGGCAUGGGUGGAAUGGGUGGAAUGGGAGGAGGAAUGUUCUAAACUCCCACUCAAGCCUGCCCCCCCCUGAGGGCAACACAGACUACAGAAUAAGGGGACUUGGAACAAGGGGACAUUGUUUUGCCCCAUCCCCUUCAUCCGCUAUCCUGCCGUUAAACAAACGGGGCUGCGUGUUUGACAUGGAGCUGUGACAUUGAUGACCUGCCCACUCACUACUACUUCAAUUAAACUUCUCUCUCUCUCUCUCUUUCUCUCUCUCUAAGCCUGUUCUCCUCUCUCUAUUUCUCCACUCCAUACACGAGACCCCAACGCUCUUAUAACUUGUAUCACCCAAUGUGACCAGACACUGACUGACUGAAGCAUUCUGACUUAACCACACUCACAUGUGAUGUGACUGAUGGUUUAAAUGCACAGUGUACAGAGACAUCCUAACUCACACUCACCUGAACAGACCUGUUCUUCAUGUAGGUUCCAUAUGUAUAGAUGAGACUGUACAUCCAUUGACAGUGAAACGUAUAUGUUAAAAAAAAAAAAAAAAACAUAUCGUUUUCUUCAAAUGCCAGAAGCUGUUUGUCUGUUCUGUCUAGAGAGGGGGCAGUUGGAACAGAGGAUCGUUGGACAGAUGUGUAAUUGUCUAUCCUGUUCUUUUUUUUCUCUCUUCUACUUUUUUAUUUUUGUAUGUCUGAGGCUUCUGGUUCGUCCUUGAGUUAGAAGGACAAAAGUAGAAGCCUACAUGUCAAGAGCAGUUAAAUUAAACAUCUCUUAACUGUG